AUUCACGAGAACUCCGAAACAGUCAAGUGGGAACUUUUCAUUAAUUAGCCGCCGGGAGAGCCCCGCUUAGAAGAGCCAGGCUUAUCCCGGAUCAGCAUGGCAAGGCGAGACCUCUUCAUCCUGGCGUUGGCCUUGGUUUUUCUAGAUCUACGGACUGGAGGCCACGCAGCAGAUACGAGUCAGCCGAGGUUGCGCCUGUCGCAUAAAGAGCUAUGGGAUAUGAACCGAACAUCAGUUUUUCAUAGUCCGUCUGGAUACCUUGGCCUUCAUGUAAUGCUUCUGGAUGAGUAUCAAGAUCGACUGUUUGUUGGAGGAAAAAACCUGAUAUAUUCUCUCAGCUUAGACCGAGUCAGUGAGAAAUACAGAGAGAUUCAUUGGCCCAGUAGCUCCCUGCAGGUGGAAGAAUGCACAAUCAAAGGAAGAUCUAUGGAGGAAUGUGCAAAUCACAUCUGUGCUUUACACCGAUACAAUAGAACACAUCUGCUGGCCUGUGGUACUGGAGCUUUUGAUCCCAUCUGUGCUUUUGUCAGAGCUGGCCAUCAAUCAGAGGAUCAUCUCUUUCAUCUAGAAGCUCACAGAUUUGAGAAAGGAAGGGGCAGAUGUCCAUAUGCACCAAGUUCCUCCUUCAUCUCCACUUUAUAUGGUACUGAAUUAUUUACUGGACUCUACAGUGACUACUGGGGGAGAGACGCUGCAAUCUUCCGCAUGAUGGGACGCAUGGCACACAUCCGGACUGAACCCGAUGAUGAUCGACUGCUGAAAGAACCUAAAUUUAUUAGUUCCCAUGUGAUUCCUGACAACGAAGACCAGGAAGACAACAAGGUGUAUUUCUUCUUUACUGAGAAAGCUUUAGAGGCAGAAACAGGUGCUCAUGCUCUAUAUUCCAGAGUGGGCAGAGUGUGUGCGAAUGACAUGGGAGGACAAAGGAUGCUGGUGAAUAAAUGGACUACUUUCCUCAAAACCAGAUUGAUAUGCUCCGUACCAGGGAUGAAUGGCAUUGACACGCAUUUUGAUGAGUUGGAAGAUAUAUUUUUGCUCCAGACUCGGGAUAACAAAAACCCAGUGAUAUUUGGACUCUUCAACACUACAAGUAAUAUAUUCCACGGAUAUGCUAUAUGUGUAUAUCACAUGGCUAGUAUUCGGGCAGCUUUCAAUGGACCAUAUGCUCACAAAGAAGGACCUGAAUACCACUGGUCUGUCUAUGAAGGCAAAGUACCCUACCCAAGACCUGGAUCGUGUGCCAGCAAAGUGAAUGGGGGUCUGCAUGGGAGUACCAAAGACUACCCAGAUGAAGCAAUCCGUUUUGCUCGAACUCAUCCACUGAUGUAUCAGGCUGUUCGGCCUGUUCAUAAAAGACCAAUUCUUGUGAAGACAGAUGGAAAAUACAAACUCAAACAAAUAGCAGUAGAUAGAGUGGAAGCAGAAGAUGGUCAAUAUGAUGUCUUAUUUAUUGGAACAGAUAAUGGGAUCGUCCUGAAAGUUAUUACAAUUUACAACCAAGACACAGAAUCUAUGGAAGAAGUGAUUCUUGAAGAGCUGCAAGUGUUCAAAGUGCCAGCUCCUGUUAUUUUUAUGGAAAUUUCUUCCAAAAGACAACAAAUUUAUGUUGGGUCUGAGUCUGCUGUUGCACAGGUAAAGUUCCACCAGUGUGACAUGUAUGGAACAGCCUGUGCUGACUGCUGCCUCGCAAGAGAUCCAUACUGUGCUUGGGAUGGGAUCUCCUGUUCCAGAUAUUAUCCAACAGGAACACAGACAAAAAGACGCUUCCGUAGACAAGAUAUCCGUCAUGGAAAUGCAGCUCAGCAGUGCUUCGGCCAGCAGUUGCUAGGAGAAGCCUUGGACAAGACUGAAGAGCGACUGGUGUAUGGAAUUGAAUACAACAGCACUCUGCUUGAGUGUAUCCCAAGAAGCUUGCAAGCCAAAGUGAUUUGGUUUGUACAGAGAGCUCAUCAACCCCGAAAGGAAGAGGUGAUAGCUGAUGAGAGGAUCCUCAAAGUGGAUAUUGGCCUAUUGUUUUUAAGAUUGCACCGGAUGGACGCUGGAACAUAUUUUUGCCAGACAGUAGAACACAGCAUUGUUCAUACAGUAAGAAAAAUCGCCCUUGAAGUUGUGGAAGAGGAACGUGUAGAUGACAUGUUCAAUAAAGACUAUGAAGAGGAUAUAUCUCAGAAAAUGCCUUGUCCUGCACAGAGUAGCAUCCCUCAUGGAUCAAAGCCAUGGUACAAGGAGUUCUUACAAUUAAUAGGUUAUAGCAAUUUCCAGAGAGUGGAGGAAUACUGUGAAAAAGUGUGGUGCACAGAUAAGAAGAGAAAAAAGCUGAAAAUGUCUCCAUCCAAGUGGAAGUAUGCCAAUCCACAAGAGAAGAAAGCACGUAUCAAAUCAGAGCAUUACCGAGUUCCCAGGCACACUGCUGACUCAUGAUGGGAAAACCAAUAAUAUGACACACACACACCCCCCAAAAGAAAUCCCAUUCAAGAGAGCGUUUUGGGGUUUGGACCUAACAAAAGGGGAUGCUGAGACUGUAAAUGAGCUAAAAUGCUUUUAGUAAGUUAUAUACUUGAUGUCUAUUUAGAUGCAUUCUU